UCAGGAUGCUUUUGGAUGGGAGGAAGCAGCCAGGAGUCGACCACCUGUUUCCAGGUUACUGAUGCUGACAUGGGGUCAUUGAGAAUUCGGUUACUGUAGAAACACUGCAAUGCAAUGGACACCCAUUUGCAGUUUAUUAGCAUGAGCCACGUGGUGUACUGGCAUUCUUUGUUUGGGCAGAAGUGAAAGACCUAUUAGCUGAUGGAAAAAUAACAUAAAGUUGAUUGGUAUCUCAGUCGAAUUCUGGACUCUGAGCCAUAAAACUUUUCCAAGCGAAAAUGAUUUAAUUUAGACGUGAAGAAGGGAGGCGUAUAAAUAGACCCACAAACCAGAGACAGACGAGAAACAGAGCAAGCAACAGAACCCGCCCAGCUCGAAAUCCUCACCAGCUACCACGAAGAUGUCAUCUUCACCACUCCGUCUCGCUCUUGCCCUCAUGUGCCUGGUCUCAGCCGUCGGUGUCAUAUCGUGCGGCCGGCCUCAUGUGGUUUUGAAUUCGGCUCUGGAAGAGGCUCGCAACGUCCCGUUUGGAGAAGAGGUACCAGAGAGACUCACUCUUCCUGAGCUCCAGUGGAUGCUCAGUAACAACGAGCUCACGCCCGUUCAGGUGGAAGAAGCCCCUCGCAGCAGGCUGGAGCUGGUCAGGAGAGACAACACGGUGACGAGCAAACCACUCAACUGCAUGAACUACUUCUGGAAGUCCAGGACAGCAUGCUGAGCUCAUUUCGACCCACGAGCCAGAGCCGGGGGCACCGUUCAGCCCGUUAACAUGCUGCGAAUCACUCACCAUUCCCCUCCCCUUCAGCGUACACCUCUGAGACAAGCAGACAUGCUCGUUCUCUGGCUUCGAGCACACCAGAGCCUCGGUUAAUUAUUUUUAAUUUUAGCAGCUGUAGGAAUUGUAGAACAUGUACCAAUAUUGGGUGCCAAUUUUAUCCUGCUCUGAAGCACAAACUGCUCUGAAAUAAACAAUACAGCAUUAACAAAUAGAGGUGUG